AUGUUUGGCAUCCAGGGUCGGUCCACUACACACCCACCAAUUUCCGAGGACAUUCUGAUCUACUUUGUCGCUCACUGUGCGACAUUUCUCCAUCUCAAAUUCAUGACAAUCAAAGUCUACCUGGCGGGAAUCAGAAAUCACUAUAUUGUGGGAGGCCUCCCAAACCCAUUGACAACAUCUCAAGGUCAACCAUACCUCCGUCUCCAACACGUGCUUCGAGGGAUUCACCGCCUGCAAGGUUCCACAACUCGGCCACGCUUGCCAAUAACUGGAGAUAUCUUAAAGAGCUUAUGCGCCCUACUUCGUAAUGGCGUUUUCGGGCCUUAUUUUGACCUGUUGCUCGAAACAGCUUUCCUGCUCGCCUUCUUUGGCUUUCUUCGCUGCAGCGAACUGACAUGCAAUGCAAGAACCUUCAAUCCCAAACUUAACCUUUGCGUUGGUGACGUCAAUUUUAUCAUGGUUGCAGGACAGGUUGAUUGUGCAUCAGUUCGUAUAAAAACUUCAAAGACCGACCAGUUUCGACGAGGGUUCGAACUUCGUUUGUUCCCUACACACAACCAGUCAUGUCCAGCAUCUACACUUCAUCAAUUCUUCUCUGUUCGCAAAAGUAUGAAUGCUACACCUAAUGACCCAUUGUUCUUGCUGCCUGAAAGAACUCCGCUUAACCGUGAUGUGUUUACGACUUCAUUGCGCACUCUCCUCGCCAGACUGGGCCUGCAACCCCAGCUUUUUGCCGGCCAUUCAUUUCGCAUCGGAGCAGCUACGACUGCAGCAAGUGUCCAUCUGCCCGACCACCUCAUUCAAACGCUUGGUAGAUGGUCUAGUAAUUGCUACCGUGUUUACAUUCAAACACCUGAACAGCUUUUGAGACAGGCAUUCCAAGCAUUGUCAAUCGUGUAA